AUGUCGCCAACGGUCAAAUAUAUGGGCAUGUACGAUUUUGUUCCUUCAAAAACAGCGGCAAUUGUGUUUGGGAUACUGUUCCUAGUGACUACGCUGUUUCACCUUGUGCAGCUCAUCCAAAAAAGGACAUGGUUCUACAUCCCAUUUCUCAUUGGAUGUAUUUUCGAAGUCAUCGGAUACAUGACAAGAGCGGUUUCCGCAACACAGUAUCCCGAUUACGAUCUUGGCCCUGAAGUCAUUCAAUACAUCAUGAUUCUUGUUGCCCCUGCCUUGCUUGCUGCAAGUAUCUACAUGGAAUUUGGUCGUUUGAUUAUCAUGACCGACGGAGACAGAUUUUGCUUCAUUCGCCGAACGUGGCUCACUAAAAUCUUCGUUAUUGGCGAUAUCAUAUCAUUCUUGGCGCAGUUCAGUGGUGGUGCAAUGCUCGCGAAUGAUACAACUGCGGACAAAGGGCAAAACAUAAUGAAGGUCGGCGUCGUUAUCCAACUAUUAUUUUUCGGAGUCUUCAUCACCACGAUCAUUGUUUUCAACAUGAGGCUGUCUAAACAAGGCUCGAGGACAAAGGACAUUGUGCCGUGGAAGAGGCACAUGAUUGCGCUAUAUAGCACUGGAAUCUUGAUAUUGAUCCGAUCGAUUUUCCGACUCAUUGAGUUUGUGGAGAGCACAGAUGGCCCACUAAGCCGGUACGAGUUGCUUUCGUACAUAUUCGAUGCAGUGAUGAUCCUUAUCACGUGUGUGAUAUUGAAUUAUAUUCAUCCCGGGGAAAUUAAAGGGUAUGUCAAGGCGGUCCAGUCUCCUAUCGGCGAAUUUGGAAUGGGCCGUAGACACGAGAAUGGAGCUUUAUAUACAUCGAUGGAGUUAUAA